UUAUAUUUACCAAACAUACUCAACAGUAAAACGAAUUUCACCAUUAACAAGAGCUUUUGGAGGCACUGAAAAAGAUAUUCCUCGAAACAUGGUUCAUGCGUGACGACCUUUCACCAAAAUCACCAUGACCCAGUCCCACUACUCGUUGCGAUGGAACAACCAUCAGUCUCACAUCCUAGCCGCCUUCGAAGCCCUCUUCCAAGCCGAAACCCUGGUCGAUGUGACGCUGGUCUGUGCGGAAACUUCGGUACGCGCCCACAAAGUAGUUCUGAGCGCCUGCUCGCCAUUCUUCCAGCGAGUGUUCUCGGAAAACCCCUGCAAGCACCCUGUCAUCGUGCUCAAAGACUUCUGCGGCUGGGAAGUACAGGCCAUCGUCGAUUUCAUGUACAAAGGAGAGAUCAGCGUGGUGCAGGACCAGUUGCAGAACUUGAUCAAAGCGGCGGAGAGUCUGCAGAUACGAGGCCUGGCUAAUCAGGAUCCGUUUGGUGUGGAUAAAGAGUCGAUAAGUACGGUGAAUCAUACGCUGACACCGUCGAAUUCGCCGAAUGAUUACGACAGGCAGUUUUACACUAACGGAAAUAAGUUUCCGGAUGUGAGUGCGAGGAAUCCGGUGGAGAGAACGUCGCCGUUUUCGCCUAUAGGGAACAAUUACGAUGCGCCAGUUAAGCUACCUCAUAUGCCCAGGCUCUCGUUUCCUGAUGCGCUGAUUCCACGGUCUGAGUAGUCUCCCAUCCAAAGAAGAAAACAAUUAAAGCCUAGAAGACGUUCUGGAGAAAUGUGCGGACCUCAAGAUCUAACCACCGGAACUAUUAAAUCCGGAUCACCCUGUCCAGAGGAAACGGCCGAGAACCUUUGCAUCAAUAAAAGGAAAGAGGAAAAACACAUAAUAAAGGACGAACCCCUGAAAACCAGUACGCCGGAACCGAGUCUGCGCAGUCCGGAAUUGGAUUUAAGUACCCAGGGAAAUGGUAAGGAGUUUAGAUCAUCGCCGAUAUCGUCGGCACCCCAGUCUGUGAUGAAUUUGAAGCAGGAAAUCGAGAACCAAUCACCGUUAGGUUUUCCACCGAUGCCAACGGUUUCGGCUUUGGCGAUGACAAAUCCACAUACUAAAUUUUUUGGUCUCGAUUCACAUCUAGGCCUAUUCCCUCCUGGACUAGACGCUUGCAGAAACCCACUUUUCGACAUGGGCGAUCCGAGAAGCGUCGUGGACACUCCCAUGUUUGCCAAAAAGAAACUGGGGAGACCAAAAGGGCAACAUUCGGCACCGAGAGGAGGCCCGCCCAGAUCCUGGACCAACGCGGAACUAACCGAGGCCCUGCAGCACGUCUGGAACAAGAAGAUGACGACCAGCCAAGCCUCGAGAAUAUUCGGUAUACCGUACAACUCGCUCCUGAUGUACGUUCGAGGGAAGUACGGCAAAAGUCUUAAAUUGGAACAGUUGAGGAAGGAUUGUAUAGGAGGACCCAACCCUCCUAUGGACAUGUUGAGCUCGUUGGGAGCGAAUAAUAAUAAUCUGGCGAAAAUCGACAGGGAACCGGAACAGAUGCAGCCCAACGCGAGACCGUCGAGUACGGAUCAGGAUCAACAACCACCACAACCAUCUAUGUUCUCCCCCUUCGCCCACAACUUCUACCCCGAUUUCGGCACGGGCUUCCCCAUCCCCGUCAGCAUGAUCCACCUGCUGCCCCAGAGCGAAAAGAACCGCACCGAACAACAGAACGCUGCCUACGGGCAGACAGCGCCGCACGACGACGACCAGCCGAAGCAGCAGGCCAAAGACGUGGAGCAGGACGAGCAGGAAUUGUACAGGCCGCAGCCGAUGGCCGUCGACAGCAGGGAACUGGUGCAGCAGAACGGGCAGGAUUGAAACAGGUGGCGCUAGUGGUUAGCUAGCGCGCUGCUUCUUCGUUAAGCGGGUAGAGGGAGUUACUUGCGUGUUUUGCGUUCGUUUUUUGCGUUUCGGAUGGGUUUGUGUAGGUUCGGAGAGGAGAGUUAUGCAGGUAUCUGUUUUAUUUAUUGAUUUUAUUGAUUUGAAGUAAUGAAUUUAUUGAAAAUAGUUAUUUAAACAAAGUAAUGUUAUCAUAGCGAACUACAUUUUUUUAAUUAAAAUAUAACAAAUUGUAUACAUAUUAUAUCCAAGUUUUAGUUGGUAUUUUUAAUGCUUCAAAACAUUUUAAAUUAAAAUUCUUAAUCGAUGAAUAAUGAAUAGAUGAAAUAUGGUAGCCACUAUCAUAGCGUUGAUCUAUUUAGAAAAAUUCCUGAUUGCAGUGUGCCUAGUUAGUACCAAGUAUCGAUGGUUUGAGAUAUAUGCCAACCAAACGCCUAUUUUUGUAUAUUAUUACAAAUAUAAGACAAUAUAUGUUCAAAAAAGGCUUUUUUUACAAAGCCCAACAUUAUUUACCAUAUUCAAACCAAAAAUAAUGGAUUUAUAUUAUUUAAAUAAAAUUUUUUUAAUUAAUUGUUCAUUUUUUCCUUUUCUUUCUAAUUUU